AUGCGAGCAGCAUCAGGCGGCAAAUUCUCGCUCGGUUCUGCCUUUGGUAGGCGAACCGACAAGCACGACCGUCAGCCGUCCUAUACCGGCUCGACCGACUUCGGGGCGUCGAACAAUGCCGAUCAAGGAACUACAUCCCGCAUCAACGGUGCGGCGUACAACGAUCAGCCCGACUCGCCCAAUGCGCGGCUCAGCGGCGGGGAAGGCGGGAGUGGGGGUGGAGGCGUGCAGCUCAAGAAGCUCGGCAAGACGUUUGCGCACAAUAAUCUGCUUCCUGGGCUGGGGAACAAGGAUCUGAAGGCAUUGCAAGAUGUGAUCUCAGCCGAAAAGGGCGUAUUGUCCAACACGGAGAAGCUGGCCAUAGAAUCUCAGAAGGCCGCUUCGGUCCUCCCCAAUUACGGCCUACAAGAAGGUCCCGACCUCCAGGACAUCCUCACCCAAUCCUCCCAUCUCAUGAACUAUUUUUCUGCCGCCCUCAACGUCUAUGCCGAGCGCCAAGUCUCGCUCCGAGGGUCAUACAAGAAGAUUCGGGAUCGGGAGGAGGAGCUCAUGGAGCUGCGGAGCCAGCGGCGGUCCACCGGCUCCAAGGCGGAAUCAGCAGAGCGGAAGCUAUCCAAGAUGGGUCCGGAGAACAAGGGGUUGGUCGGCCAGACAGAGCUGCUCGAGAGGUUGAGGCAGGAGAUGCGCAGUAUGGAUACGGAUAUCGUCAAGGAGGAGACGGCAUUGGGCGAUUUCAAGAGGCAAAUCGUCAAGGAAGCGAUGAUGUACAAGUUCUGUGGGCUGGAAGAGCUCGGCGAGAAGUUGUGUAUCAUUGGCGAGAUGGGAAAGCUGGUCAUUGAUGAAAUACCCCUCGAGGAGACGCCGGUCGGAUACGGUCGGGCGCCAUACGGGGGAUUUACCAAAACGGAAUCUGCUGUAGAUGAAGCCGGGCGAUGUCUCGGCCAAGUCAAGUUCACCGCUGUAGAGACCGCUCUCAAACCAUCCCAUCUCCCGCACGCCCAACAUCUCCGCAGCGCGAGCUCCAACCUUCCCCGGCAGGAGUCUAUUGCCGCAGCCGAGGAGUUUGCACACUUCCCGGGCGGUAUGGCCUCGCCCGAGACUCCCGGUCGAGCAGCAUACGGGAGCUCCGUACCACCACCCGGCGGCAGCUACGGGCUGGACGAGAACCCCUACGGCGGGAUUGCGGACCGGACUACGCACUAUGGCGAGUACGGAGGCGUGCGAGGCGGGGAAGAAGGGGAUGCUCGUCGGCAGACAUUGUGGCAGGGUCCGACGGAGGACGCUUUGCAGGAGGGUCCGGACUACGAGCACCAGCAGCAGGCGGAGAUGGACAAGCAGAAUGAGCAGGAGCAGGCGCCGUGGAGGGAACAGUCGGACCAGACGCCUGUCGUCGCUACUCAGCAUGAGGAGCUGCCGAACCCGCACGACCCGGAGAGCGCCACUCAGCUCGGACAAGACCGCGAUCACCCGAUCAUUGGCGGAGUGGCACUUGGGGCUGCGCUGUCGCCACCAUGGCAACCGCUCAACGUAAAGCGGGGAGGAGGUACGCCUGAGCCUCACAGCUUGCACGAUGCGCCCGUUCCUCCGACCACCAGCGAGCCCGCCCACGCAAUUCCACCGGCGGCAGACUACACGCAAUCCGACUACCACUCGGAAGCGCACUCGGACCUCAUUCCCCCUCCCUCCAUGGCGCAACUGCACAAUCGCGCACCUACGCCGGGUACCGAGGGCUUCCGCACCCCGGCCGAAUCGCCCAAUCUCGAGCUAGGCUCAUUCCAGCACUCAGCACCAACUAUACCGGACUUUGGCGGGAUCCCCACCUCCGGCGGUAAAAUGUCGGCGGGCGCGUUCCGGAAGGCAGCGCCUAGGCGGAGCGAGACGACGGGCACGACAGCCGGGGAGGAGGAGGGAACGGGGAGUGAUGUUAGCAGGGGCGCGAGACGCUUGCCUGCUCCUCCUGGAGGAUAUACAUCUGGGGUGGCGGGUCCGAGUGGAGCGCCGGCAGGUGCGCCAGCGGGCACGGGGGUCUGGACGGAUGAGAAGCGGGCUUUGGCGCAGAAGGAGGCGUUUGAGGAUGCUGCAGGGGAUGAGAGGGGGGCGCCGCCGUCAUAUGGCGCAGCACCGAGCCAUGAUGAGAGUCUGAGAUAA